GAGCACUUUCCCUGUGCUAACCUCUGACAGCCUCUCAUGGAUCCGCUCCCUCCAUUCACAAACACGGAAGCAGCAUGGCGUCCAACAGCAGCAGCAGCGGCGGCUCCGACAGGCAGCGGAUCGCACAGCAAAGACUGAGGAUCAUCGCCGGACAUUUGCAGAGGCCGGCGGGCGACGACUCGGCCCUCCUGGCCGCCGAGUGCAAGGACCAGGGGAGCAAGUCGGACGCCUCCAGCGAGGAGAAGACGGUGCCCCGGAGAAGGCAGGAGAUUAUGAAAUGGAAUGGCUGGGGAUAUAGCGAUUCAAGAUUCCUCUUCAACAAGAAAGGUCAAGCAGAAUUUACUGGCAAAAGGUAUAAACUAAGUGGUAUGAUCAUUCCUGGCCUGAAAGAGUGGUUUGAAGGCACGUUUGGAGCUAAUCUGCAGCACAAAUCUCCCGCAACACCCAUUCUGAAUAGCAGUGCUGUACGGCCUCCCACUCUUAAUGAGGCCUUCGUUGAGGAACUGAAAUCCACAGGUGUUCCUUUCUCUCACGAUGCAGAGGACCGAGUGUUUCGCGCUUACGGCCAUUGCGUACACGAGAUCUUUGCCCUCCGAGAAGGGAGAAUUGGUCGUGUUCCAGACCUGGUGGUAUGGCCAAACUGCCACAAUGAUGUAGUGAAAAUUGUGGAACUUGCUUGCAAACAUAAUGUUUGUUUGAUACCAUAUGGAGGAGGGACUAGUGUCUCUAGCGCUCUAGAGUGCCCCUCUGAGGAAACUCGCUCCAUCGUUUCUCUGGAUACCUCACAGAUGAACCGCAUUCUGUGGAUUGAUGAGAAAAACUUAACAGCCCAUGUGGAAGCUGGCAUCGUCGGUCAGGAUCUGGAGAGAUUACUUAAUGAGAGUGGCUACUGUACAGGGCACGAGCCUGACUCCAUGGAGUUCAGCUCCCUGGGGGGCUGGGUCGCCACCAGAGCAUCCGGCAUGAAGAAAAACAUCUAUGGCAACAUAGAGGACCUGGUCGUCCACAUAAAGAUGGUGACCCCUCGAGGUGUAAUUGAAAAGAGUUGUCAGGGCCCACGCAUGUCCACGGGGCCAGACGUCCACCACUUCAUCCUGGGCUCAGAAGGAACCCUGGGGGUGGUUACUGAGGUGACCAUGAAGAUUCGUCCAAUGCCAGAGUAUCAGAAAUAUGGCUCUGUGGUUUUCCCGAACUUUGAGCAGGGAGUUGCCUGUCUACGAGAGGUGGCCAAACAGAGGUGUGCUCCAGCAUCUAUACGACUCAUGGAUAAUGAACAAUUUAAGUUUGGUCAUGCCCUGAAGCCUCAAGUGUCCUCAAUUUUCACAUCCUUUUUGGACGGGUUGAAAAAAAUUUACAUCACCAAGUUCAAAGGGUUCGACCCCAACCGCUUGUGUGUGGCCACCCUGCUGUUCGAGGGAAACCGUGAGAAGGUCCUGCAGCAUGAGAAGCAAGUUUAUGACAUUGCUGCAAAAUUUGGGGGCCUGGCAGCCGGAGAGGACAAUGGUCAAAGGGGUUACAUGCUGACCUUCGUCAUCGCUUACCUCCGGGACUUGGGGAUGGACUAUUAUGUGAUGGGGGAGUCCUUUGAAACCUCCGUGCCUUGGGACAGGGUAUUGGACAUUUGCCAGAAUGUGAAGGCACGCAUCGUUCAUGAGUGUAAAGAGAGAGGAGUGCAGUUUACACCGUUAUCCACAUGCAGGGUGACUCAGACGUACGACGCUGGUGCCUGUGUCUACUUUUACUUUGGCUUCAACUACCGGGGACUCAGUGAUCCAGUGCAUGUGUAUGAACAAGUGGAGCAUGCAGCUAGAGAAGAAAUCCUUGCCAAUGGAGGAAGCUUGUCACAUCACCACGGAGUGGGGAAACUUCGGAAGGAGUGGAUGAGCGAGACUGUCUCCAACGUCGGCAUUGGAAUGCUCAAGUCUGUCAAGGACUACGUGGACCCCAACAACAUCUUUGGCAACAGGAACCUCUUCUGAUCUCCCGCUCCUGUCCCAUCUUUAUCUCACCCUUUUCUAAAAGCAUUGUGUGUGUUUUGGAUUAAUCAAUUCUAAAUUUGAAUUUAAAAUUGACAGAGAUCUCGUGUUUUUCCAUUAAAAGUGUCAUUCGGUGCCAUUUAUCGAUUCACCCAAACCUUUUGUUCUUUAGCAUUGUAUUGCACUUAAUAUGCUUCAACAAUCAUUGUCAUUUGUGUUAAAGCUCAUUAUUUUGCUGUUGUGUCGUGUCCUCAGCUUUUUGGAGCUCGACACGAUGCAACAAAUACUAGAUUCUUUGAAUUUUUGCUUAUGUUUGACCUUUUCCUAAAUAUGCUUGCCAACAUGGUUCAUCCUUAAAUUAUUUUUUUAUUUUCCUCUGUGUGUGUGUGUGUGUGUGUGUGUGUGUGUGUGUGUGUGUGUGUGUGUGUGUGUGUGUGUGUGUGUGUGUGUGUGUGUGUGUGUGUGUGUGUGUGUGUGUGUGUGUGUGUGUGUGUGUGUGUGUGUGUGUGUGUGUGUGUGUGUGGCACUUCUUAGGAGUAAGUUCUAGAAGAAUGCGCUUUCUAUAGCUCUGUGCCUUUCUAAAGCUUCUCUCUGCCUUCCCCUUCUCCCGCUGCACUCUGCUGGUGUACAGUGAGUCCCUUUGUGAAGCGAAACAGACUUGGACAUGAUGUUUUCUUUGGUGUCUCCUGUUUGUCUUUUUCAUUCCCUCAGGCCUUUUUAUUGUACCGACCUAUUGCCAUAAGAGACUUUGUUAACAGUGUAUGUGCGUGAACCUCUCCUGCCCACCUUUCAGCCCCACCAAAAUUGAACAAUCCUUAGAAUUACAAUAUGAUUACAAAGAGAUUUAUUCCUUGUGUGUUUUUCGAUUUUGUACAAAAAAUGGUUUUCCUUUCAUGCUUUUGUUAGUGAGAAUUAAAUGUGGGGGAGAAAGCCAUUGUGUCGUCUUUUUUUUUUUUUUUACUAUGUCUGCUUCCGUGUCACCGCGUUUGCAGUUCAAGGCCUCUGUAUCCCGGUGCUCACGUUGUACCAAAGACUCGACACAUCAGAUCAUGGAAACAUUCUGCGAACAUCAGUGUGACUAUGUGUGACCGCCUCCUUCACACACAUUCACAUCACAUGCACAGCUACACUAGAUUUUUUUUAAAUCCACGUAAUAUGCAAAGUUAACCCCUCUGUUAAAUGUGCUAAAUCUUUCUAUUAAAAUCAAUGACAUCCAUGUUUGAUAUGUUUAGGACGCUGUGUUGAACUGUAUUGUUUCCUCAGCUCGUGAGGUAGUUGACCUGGUUAACAACCUCUUUGUUAUCUGUAUUGUGUAAACGUUUUUGGAACAGUUCCUGUAAUGUGCUACAAUUUGAUACCUGACUUGUACCGUUUAACCUCUCACUUUGAAGCCAAGUUAAACUUUAAUGUAAGAAUCUUGCCUUUUUUUCUUUUCUAUUCUUCUAAUCUGUCCUCACAUUUUCCUGGACCACCAUGUCCUUUUAUCCCCCACUAUUGGGACCCACUAUUUGAAAUUGAACCCCCUUAAUUUUCCACUUCUCUGAACAAUGUAGUAACAUCCAUGUGCAUUUUGUCCACGCUGUUUGUGCAACCAAUUGAAUAAAAUUUAAUUAAAACAUA